UAUCCAUCCAUCCAUACAUACAUACACAUCCAUUUGCACGGCAGGAGGAAACUCAUCCACUAACUUAUCUUGCUCUCUAGACUCUAGCCUCAUCGAUCCCCCGACCAUGGCGCGCCUUCUCCUCGUCCUCGUCCUCGCGGUGGCCGCCGCCGUCGCCCAAUCACUGCCCGCGCACGUUUCUGCGGCUCCCUCGCCAUCAUGGUCCUACCGCUGUGGCUGGUGCCCUCGCCGCUCCACCGCCUCCCUCCUCCCUCCCGACGCCGGCAUCCUCAUCGGCGCCGCGUGCGGUUACUGUGACCCGGCGGACCUCGCUGCGGACGGUGGGUUCCACAUCGCGACCGUCAGCGCUGGAUUCUUCCGUAGCGGCCGGGCCUGCGGCGCCUGCUACCAGCUGAGGUGCAGGGACCGGGGCGCAUGCGCGGAGGACGGCGUCAAGGUCGUCGUCGUCGCUGACGAGGCUAAGCCGGCGACGGACACGAACAGGACAGGCGGCAGCCAGUUCCAGCUCACGAAGGACGCGUUCGCAGCCUUGACCGCUUCUCGUGACGAUGGUCAGCUCAGGAGGUUGGUGGACGCGGCCGUCAACGUCGACUUCAGGAGGAUACCUUGCGCGUACGAGAGCAAAAACCUGGCGGUGAGGGUGGAUGAGACGAGCAGCAGGAACAGGGGGCACCUCGCCCUCCGCUUCCUCUAUCACGGCGGCCAGACCGACAUAGUCGCGGUCGAGGUCGCACAGGCGGCGGCUCUUGGUGCCGCCCAGAGCGCUGCCGCUCCAUCGCCAAUGAACUGGCAGUACAUGACGCGUCACCAGGGGUCACCCGGGGGGUGGCGCACGUCGCGCGCGCCGGCCGGCCCGCUGCAGCUUCGGCUCGUAGUCACCGCUGGUUCCGGCAGCAAGUGGCUGCGCGCCGAAGGGGCGAUGCUCCCCGCGAAGUGGCAGCCUGGCGCGGUCUACGACACUGGCCUGCGCGUCACCGAGGUCGCUGCAAACACCUGCGGCAGCGCCUCGUGCAGCGCCGGAGACGACAACCACGACGACGAGUAGGAGCUGAGAUGACGCCCACGCUCCCAUCCAUCGUGGACCCUAGUACGGUCCAUGAGAGCCGGCCUGCAUGCCACCGGCCAGCCGCCGGGAAGGCCGAUGAUGCAUUGAUGUUGCUGCUGCAUGUACAGUGCACGGACGUUCCGCUGCAUGUACAUCGCGGCCGCGCUUUACCGACCAAACGGCACAACACGAAGCAGAAAAGUGAAGAGAAACGGAGGAAGGGGCAUAACAGCAAAAAAGACCCUGAAAGCUAGGAAACUUUACAACGACGCCCUUGGGAUAUUCCGACCUGGAACACCUCAUCGUCGUCGCCGGAGUUCGGCCAAAAGAAAUGGUGCGUGCUCCAUGAUUGUGGUUCCACAUUGGCAAGUAGCUAGUGCAUAUUAGUGGGCUAUAUAUAGACAUGCUUGAGAAUUGAGAUCGUUGUCAUUGUACUCAUGCAUGCACUACAUGAGUGGGUGGGUGAGCUAUCGGCAUUAGGCAUUCGGCACCUAGUCUCAUGACCAGUCGUAUGUACAUCUCGGCAUGCCGCGGGUCCAAGUCUAAAGAUACCUUGCGGCUAUCGUUGAUUCUUCUUUGACCGGCUUCUCCGUGGAAUUUGGUGACACUUAUCUCUACUCCCUCUGUCUUAUAUAACAUUUUUCAAGCUAAUAUAGUUUGAAAAACA